CAUAUUUAUGUUUAUAUUCUAAAAGUAUAAUUUACACGUAUAUUUUUAAAUGGAUACGGGUUUUGGGCAAGAAAACAAGAUACCUGCUUCUGGAAAGGAUGCGGCAGCGACAUCACUGCUAAACCAAUUCAUCUUGGGACAAUUGAAAGAGAAGCAGGGUUCUAGUGGUGAAGUUGCAUCGCCUAAUGGAUUCGUGUUACCUAAGUUACAAAUGGGUAAUUCGAAAGCUGACGCCAAAAAACGAUGAGAAAAUUAUUGAUGGUAUUGGAGAAAUUAGUAAUGGCGUCAACAACCUUCAAGUGAAUGACUCAAGAACCGAGAAAAAUGUAGAACAAUCAAACCAUGCCAUAGACCUAACUGCCGCUUUAAGCACUGUUACAGGAAUUAUUGUGCAAAAUAAAAAAACGGUAUCUCCACCCGCCGAAAACUUUCAUAUACCAUUUAUAGAGUGUGAUCGUAAAGAGAAGCCUAUUCUAUUGCCUGUCAUUAACAAUUACUUCCAGCCAAGCAGAGACAUCUCUACAGCUCACAAAAAAUUGGCUACACCAUCAUCGUGUGGACGCAUUAUCUGUCUAAAAUAUAAACGAACACAUCCAUUUCCGGAAAUAAGUCACGUUUUUAAAGUAAAACAUAAAAUACAUCGUUUUCAUUUCGAUACUAAAUCGCCAGAUGAUAUUGUAUUGGCCACAUUAAACAAAUAUCAUCGGCAAUACUGACGAAGGCGGCUUUGCAGUCUACUAAAUAUUUUGAAAUUUGUACGCAUUAUAAGAAUUGACGUUUGUGACAUUAAAAUAUUGUACAAAAAAACUAAAUUUGUAUUAUGAACACAA